AUGGCUGCAGUCGACUCGCGAGCACCCGCAACCCUCGCCCCGACAGCUCCCUCCCUCGCCCCUCUCCCCUCCGCCUGGCUCCCCUCGCACCUCGACGAGCCGCCGCAACCCCCUCCAGCAGACACCCGCGAGGAGCAGCUCGCACAGCUCGCAGCCCAAGAGAAACUCGGUCACGACGGCAAGCGCCAACGCGUACGCGCUCGCCGCACCGUCGACCCCUACGGCGGCAUCGAGCGCUGGAAGAUCUACAAGAGCGUCCGCUCGUCCCACAACCAGGAGCUCUUCAUCCGCAACCAGCCCUCGUGCCUCGUCGACCUGCUACCGCCUGAAGCGUACCAGAACUUCUCGACCUCGUUCUGCUCUCGGUACGCCCAUACGUCGACCAACAAGCUCCGCUGCCCGGUCAACGUCGUCACGUUUACGCCAGAUGCGCGCCGCAUCUUGACGGGCUCGACCUCGGGCGAGUUCACGCUCUGGAACGGGCUCACGUUCAACUUCGAGACGAUCCUGCAGGCGCACGACUCGGCCGUGCGCGCCCUCUCGUGGUCGCACUCGGGCCAGUGGCUCCUGAGCGCCGACAACGCCGGCGUCAUCAAAUACUUCCAGCAGAACAUGAACAACCUGCAGGUGUUCCAGGGCCACAACGAGGCGAUCCGCGACGCGACGUGGGCGCCCAAUGACGAGCGCUUCGCGACCGGCGCCGACGACGGCGUCAUCAAGGUGUGGAACUUUGAGCGCAUGAAGGAGGAGAGGGUCCUCACCGGUCACGGCUGGGACGUCAAGUGCGUCAAGUGGCACCCGACCAAGGGCCUGCUCGCGUCCGGGUCCAAGGACAACCUCACCAAGUUCUGGGACCCGAGGACGGGCAACGUCCUGUCGACCCUCCACGGCCACAAGAACACGAUCCAGGCCCUCGCGUGGUCGCCCAACGGCCACAUGGUCGCGACUGCCUCGCGCGACCAGCUCGUCAAGGUGUUCGACAUUCGCGCCAUGAAGGAGUUUGUCACGCUGCGCGGGCACAAGAAGGAGGUCUGCUCCGUCGCCUGGCACCCCCAUCACGACGACGUCCUCGUCUCGGGCGGGUCCGAGGGCUCGAUCCUGCACUGGUCGCUCCCCGACGCGCACCCGAAGGAGACGCUCGAGUUUGCGCACGACUCGAACGUGUGGUCGCUCGCGUACCACCCUCUCGGGCACCUGCUCGUCAGCGCGAGCAACGACCACACGACGCGGUUCUGGAGCCGGGGCAGGCCGGGCACGAGGAGCAAGGGCGACCGGUUCCACUUGGGGCGCGAGAGGGCCAUGGAGGUCGAGAUGCAGAUGGGCGGGCCGCCACUCGGGUCCAGGAACGACGACGACGACCGCCCUUCCCUGCCCGGCUUCCAGCACCAGCAGCGCAACGGCGGCAGCAGCGGCCCGAGCGGCUUUGCCGGCAGCGUGCCGGGCUUCACGAGCCGGCCGCCGCCGCCGCCGCCCGGGAUGGGCAUGGGCGGCCCGGGAGGAGGAGCAGGAGGAGCAGGAGGAGGGCCGAUGCCGGGCAUGGGCUCGGGCCGGCCGCCGUUGCCGCCGCCGGGCAUGGGCAUGGGCAUGGGCGGCGGUGGACCGGGAGGACCGGGAGGAGGACCAGCAGGAGGAGCGAUCCCGGGCUUUGGGCGCGGCCCGCCGAUGCCGCCGAUGGGGCAGGGUCCGCCGCCGGGCAUGGGGCAGCGCGCGCCGCUCCCGCCGGGCUUUGGGCCGCCGAACGACUUUGGACGAGGCGGACCGGGCGGAGGAGGAGGGCCGCCGAGGGGUUACGGGAACGGUGGCGGCGGCGGUGGAGGAGGGUACGGCGGAGGAGGCGGCGGGAGGUACUGAGUCGUGCAAGGGCCUGUGCGACGACGCUC